AACUAGUGACCGAAGCAAAAUUCCGUUGUUUUUCUUUUCUUCUUCAUUGCUUUUUCCGAUUGCUUCUCCUUCACUUGCGUUCUAUUUUUCUGGAAAAUAUCCACCUCGAUUUUCCCGGGAAAAAAAAAGAAAGAAGAAAAUGCUGAACGCAGGUUUGAACUCUCUCCUAAAUUUUCCUUCCAUGGUUUCUGCAAGUCAUUGCCAUCGUUCCCUUGUUCCUAUUGCUGCUGCGAUUUCCGUUUCGGCGCAUGGCGCGUUUCUUUUACUCGUAUGGAGGUCUAGGGUUUUGGCCUGUUUUGCAUCUCCUUUUCUCCUAUCUGACAGACGAUGACAAAAUGUAGCGUUUCGUUAAAAAAUUAUCGGUGAAUUGCGCCUUCGCGAUUUCCGAAUGGAACGUUAUUUGUUUCUUUACUUGGAUUGAGAAUCGAUGGUUGUUGCUGAAUGCCUUGUCCGCUUAAUGCAUUUUAUCGAUGAAAUGUGAAAAGAAAGGAUAAUUGUCCUAUCUCAAUUUGGAUUUUGUACAUGUAUCAAAAGCAAAUACCAUUGUCAGCUGUUGGUGGACUAUAAACGACAGAAGGAGGGAAAGUUAUACAAAAUUGAAGGUUUUGUGGAGUGGAGACCCUUCACAUUGUCUGGAAUAUAGUAAAGCAUAGAAUUGAUCAAAUCAAGGGAAGACUAUUUGUUACAACAAAUUCUAAGUUUCUGGUGUAUGGGUUUGUUGGAUAUUGUAUGUUCUUCCAUAUUUCUUUUUACACUUGUUGAGGCCACUGGCAGAUCAGGGAUCAUGUGGCCACUAAAAAUAGGUGUGGAGUCUACUGGAACUAUUACCUUGGCAGUCUUCAGUUCUAGUAUAUUUGUGCUUGUAGCUCUUGUUCUCUCAACUUAUCUAAUUUUUGAGCAUUUAGCUGCCUAUAAUCAGCCCGAGGAGCAGAAGUUUUUGAUUGGUCUCAUCUUAAUGGUUCCUGUUUAUGCCUUGGAAUCGUUUUUGUCACUAUUGGAUUCCAGUGCAGCAUUUAACUGUGAAGUUAUUCGGGACUGCUAUGAGGCUUUUGCAUUAUAUUGCUUUGAAAGAUACUUGAUAGCUUGCUUAGGUGGUGAGGACAAAACCAUUCAAUUUAUGGAAAGUAUGAGCCUAACAGAAUCCAGCACUCCUCUUCUAAAAGAAGCAUAUGCUUAUGGAGUUGUAGAGCAUCCAUUUCCUGUAAAUUGCUUCUUAAGAGACUGGUAUCUUGGCCCUGACUUCUAUCAAUCUGUGAAAAUUGGCAUUGUACAAUAUAUUGUUGAUGACAUGAAAUUUACAGUUUCACAUGUGGUAGAACCUGUCGAAAGGGGUAUUGCAAAGAUUAACAAAACCUUCCAUCAGAUAUCAGAAAAUGUGAAACGUCACGAAGACGAGCGGAGGAAAAGCACCAAGGUCAAGGAUGACAGUUACCUUGUUGCCCUGCGUUCAUGGAGAUCAGAAUUUUCUGAUGUUCAUGACAGACUUGGGGAAGGAAGUGUCAGUGAUAGUGGUUUGCCAAGCAGAAAGAGACAACAUCUGCAAUCCAAAGCGUCAGCAUCCAGGAUGCGAAGGUAGUAGUUCAUCACUUAAACAGUUGAACAAAGUAUAGUUUUUGCACAUACAUGAUAGAAAAAUUCUGAUAGAUUUUGACGUCAAAUUGUAACCCAAAAGUACAUAAUCUGGUUAGCAUUUUAAAAACUUGUAUGAAUAUCUUUCGUCAGUUUAGUUUU